AUGAAAUCAAAUCAAAUUGUUACUAUAUUUAUUUUAAUUAUUAUUAAAUUCAUCACAAUAAAAUGCUAUACAUUCGAUUCGCCCAUUGAUAAUUUACUCUAUGUAAAAAAUACAUCAACACUAUAUGCAAUAUCAUCAUCACAUCUACAUCAAUUACAUUGGUCAACAACAAAUCAAACAUUAUUAUUACUUCAUCGGCGUGUGCAACUUCAUUCUACACUCGAUAAUACCGAAAAUGGCGUUAGUGUUUUUAUCUAUGAACCAUCGAGACAUUUAUUAAUCAUAUGUUCGCGUUCAUUAGUUGGCCGUUGUAUUCUGUAUGAUGCAAAUGAUAUAAGUAGAAUUUAUGUUCUUGAAUCAACGAUUGAGACAAAUUAUCUCGGAUGUCUAUCUGGCUGUUUUACCUAUUUAUCAUCGGCAAUAAUUCGUUCUGCUUUAACAGGAACUCGUCAUGAAAGAAAUGGAAAUAUUGUUAAUUCUCAAAUUGAAUUAAAAAAUGAUUUGUAUCGUUUUAACAUUGAUUAUCAAUUUCAAUCGAGUGAUCGUGCAUUAAUAACAUCAUUAACAUUUACUAAUGAAAAUCUAUCGAACGUGGAAUAUAUUUAUGGUUUUGAUUAUCAGCAACAUACAUAUUACAUACUAAAAUCAUCUCGUUUAGCUCGAUUAUGUCAAGCAUCCAUUGCAAUGCGUAUGACUUAUGAAGAAAUUCCAUUAGUUAGUUGUAAAAAUAGCUCAUCGAUUGUUACAGAAGCUUUUCAUUCGUUUGGAAGCUUUGAUUAUUUAUAUGUUGUUUAUGAAAAUACAGUUUGUAUUUAUGACAUGAAUGAAAUUGUACAUGCAUUUAAAGAAUCAAAAAUUCAAUGUCAAAGAGGCAUUGGUUAUCGUCUUGCACAUAUUGUCGAUAGUGAACAAAGAAGACCAAUGUGUGAAAAAACAAUUGAAGAAAGUUUGACGGAAAUCAAUGAAUGUACAUGGCAACCCUAUCGAACAAAUACGUACAUGGAUGGAACGAUUGGCGCCGUAGGAAACAAAAUUUAUCAAACUACGGCAAAAAAUGUAACUAUUCGAUUCGUUUUUGCUCAAAAAAAUAUUGUGAUUAUUGGUACCAGUCAACGACAUGUACUUAAGUUCAUUCAAUAUAAUCGAACUACACUUCAUUUCCUUCAUGAAUCAACGUAUCACAAUGAACCAUCCAAUGGUCAUUAUGUUGUCGACGAUGAACAUCAAUCACUUAUAUUUGCUGUUGGCACUGAGCUUCAUCGUUAUGCAUAUAAUUCUUGUUCUCUUUACGAUACAUGCCAAUCAUGCAUCGGUAGUCGACGUUAUGAUAGUAAACCAUGUAUUUGGGCCAAUGGUAAAUGUUCGUUGUCAUCGAACUCAUGGACCAACGAUCGUGGAUGUCCACCAGUAAUCAGUCAAAUUCAACCAAUAAGUACAAAUGUAAAUCUAGAACGAACUAUAUUGACAGUAAAAGGUUCAUUUGAAGGAAUCGAAGCGAACUCUAUUAAAGUUCUUGUCACAUUUUCUUUGCCAAAUCAAAAUAAAUACCUCUGUUCAAUUGAAAAAAUAAAAAAUGAGAGUUUAACUUGUAAUUUAACAAUUCCUAAACAGCCGACUAAAGGAACAAUUUCAGUUGAUAUCAAACCUAGUCGGAUAUUAUCUGUCGGCGAUACAGAUAUAUCUGGUUCUAUUGAAUAUCUCCAAAAAUUUCAUGUUUACCGACCGAAGCCCAUUCUAGUACCUGACAAUGGCCCGGCUGCUGGUGGAACUAAAAUUAAAAUUCAAAAUUUAAAAUUAAAAUCAAAUUCAAAAAUUAGAGUAUUUUUAGGCAAAGCUGAAUGUCAUAUUUUGAAACAUGAUUAUUCUACCGAUGAAAUUGAAUGUGUUAAUCAAGCUUGUAGAAACGAUUCGGAGCGAUUAGAAUUAACUGUUCAAGUUAACAAUCGCUUGUGGCAAUUAGAAAAAACAUAUUUUCAAUGUCGAGCAAAUCCGAUUAUAAAUAAUUGGUCACCGAAAAAAUCGAUUCUAAGUGGAGGAAUGAAAAUCGUAGUAUCUGGUAAAAAUCUUGAUAUUGUACAAAAGCCUACGAUGCAAUUUGUUUAUAAUUCGUCAGUUUUGACAUUAUUUGCGUCAUGUGAAAUCAUGUCAAGUUCAGAAAUGAUUUGUAUAUCACCAACUAUUGACAGACGUCUUGAUUUAACUCCAUCGUUUGAUCUUAAUGUAUUGUUUAUUAUGGAUAAUUUGAAAAUAGUACCGGUAGACGAUAUUUUAUUUGUGGCCGAUGAUCCAAUUUAUUAUCCAUUUACAAAUUUUAUUCAAGAAAUUAAUUCGUCAAAUAUUAUUCGAUUUGUGGGUUCUAAUCUUAUUUCAACACAUUCGAUGGAUCAAAUUGAUAUACGAAUAGAGAACAUUAGUAAUGCUUGUUUUCCAUUUAAUUUCACGAAUACGCAAUUGUUAUGUGUACUGCCCAAAACUACAAUUAAGAAAAUUAAAGCUUAUCAAGCAAAUGUUGAAAUUCUGGUAGGAACUAAUUUAAAAUUUUCACCUGGAAAAAUUUCAUUACAAAAUCACAAUCGAUCAUCACAUGUGUCGGACGGCAUAUUUCGAUUUGAUCCAUGGGUAAUUUUAGUUAUACUGAUUCUUGUUGCAAUAACAAUUUUCAUUAUCUUGUUUACAAUUAUACUCUUUACUUGUUGUCGUUGGCAUCGUACAUCUAAAACAUUUAAGAAAGCCACAAAACCACCUCAAUGCUAUCGAUCUAUUUUACGUGAAUUAGGAAAAAGCAAACAAAUCAAUCGAAAAAAUCUUACUAUUCACGAAAAAGUCGGCCAAGGUUGUUUUGGUGAUGUUUAUCGUGGUGAACUGAAACAACAUGGAAAUAAAUCCAUUGAAGUUGCUAUUAAAGUUUUACGCGAUCAUAAAACUUCAUCGAUGUAUGAGUUUUUGUAUGAAGCAAAUCGUAUGAAAGAUUUCUCGCAUCCUAAUAUUCUUUCAUUGAUUGGUGUCGCAUGGGAUUCGUCACGUCAAGCAAUGGUACUUUUACCUUUUAUGAAAAAUGGUGAUCUUCGAACUUAUUUAAUCGAUGAAAAAACUCACCCAUGUUUAACACAAUUAAUAGGAUGGGCUAUUCAAAUAGCGGACGGAAUGGAAUAUCUUGCAUCGUUAAAAUUUGUUCAUCGAGAUUUAGCUACAAGAAAUUGCAUGUUAGACGAAAAAUUAGUAUGUCGAGUGUCAGAUUUUGGUCUUAGUCGAGACGUUAUCGAUCGAGAUUAUUACGUUCUACCAAAUGCAACAAUAUCAUCAAAAGAUAAAGAUGGAAAAAUUCUACAAACGACACCAAGACGUUUACCAAUUCGAUGGUUAAGUCCAGAAUCUAUUGAAUCAUCGAAAUACACGAUUCAAUCUGAUGUGUGGUCUUUCGGUGUUCUUCUCUGGGAAUUAAUGAAUCGUGGUAAAACUCCGUAUCCCGGCAUAGAUAAUGCUGAUAUCUAUGCUUAUAUUAAAAAUGGUUAUCGUCUUCAACGACCGGCGAACUGCCCUCUACUACUCUAUCAAGCAGCAAUGUCUAUUUGUUGGCAUGUUGAUCCGUCACAACGUCCAUCGUUUACACAACUUGCUCACGAUAUUCGCCACAUACUUUAUCAAAUUGAAAUCGAUCUACAACGACAACAACAAUCAUCGUCGGCCGACGAUGACACGACUAUUAUUCAACGAUAUCCAAUUGAUAGAAAAAUAAAACAUUUCUCAACCGGCUCGUUAUCAUCAACGUGUAGCAUUGGUGGACAAUAUAUAACUACACCGCGUCGACAAUCAGAAAAUAUACAAUUAUUAAUUGGUCAACAACAAGAUUGUGAAGACUCCUAUACUGUUGCAUUGGAUGAAAAUGCGAUAGUUUUCAGUACAACUCGUUUAUUACCAGAAUAUACGGAAACGACCAUUGCAGAAGAAAUUUAA